AUGGCUAAUCACCACCGACUUUUACGCGGCGGCGGAUCUCCGGCGAUAAGCGGCUUCGGUGUCAGAAUCAGACUCACAGCUUUCGUCGCCACUAUUGCACUCUCCCUCUUCACUCUCUCGUUCUUCUUCGCUUCCGAGUCUAACGACUCUCCUGAUCUCCUUCUUCCCGGUGUUGGAUACUCAAAUGGAGUCGGAUCCAUCAGAAGAUCCAUACUGGAUAUCAAAUCGGAUCCGCUCAAGCCACGGCUGAUGCAGAUCCGGAAACAAGCCGAUGACCACCGGUCGUUAUCAUUAGCCUACGCUUCGUACGCGAGGAAGCUCAAGCUCGAGAAUUCGAAACUCGUCAGGAUCUUCGCAGAUCUCUCCAGGAACUACACGGAUCUGAUCAACAAACCGUCGUACCGAGCUCUCUACGUCUCCGACGGAGCUUCCAUCGAAGAAUCGACGCUUCGUCAGUUCGAGAAAGAAGUGAAGGAACGGAUCAAAAUGACUCGCCAAGUGAUCGCCGAGGCCAAAGAGUCGUUCGAUAACCAGCUCAAGAUACAGAAGCUGAAGGACACCAUCUUCGCCGUCAACGAGCAGCUGACGAACGCGAAGAAGCAAGGCGCGUUCUCGAGCCUGAUCGCCGCGAAAUCGAUCCCGAAAGGAUUGCAUUGCCUCGCCAUGAGGCUGAUGGAAGAGAGGAUCGCUCACCCUGAGAAGUACACUGACGAAGGGAAAGAGAGACCCCCGGAGCUGGAGGAUCCGAAUCUCUACCAUUACGCUAUAUUCUCCGAUAACGUGAUUGCGGCGUCGGUGGUGGUGAAUUCCGCUGUGAAGAACGCUAAGGAGCCGUGGAAGCACGUCUUCCACGUGGUCACCGAUAAGAUGAAUCUCGGGGCGAUGCAGGUGAUGUUCAAGCUCAAGGAGUAUAAAGGAGCUCAUGUGGAAGUGAAAGCUGUGGAGGACUAUACGUUUUUGAACUCUUCGUAUGUCCCCGUGUUGAAGCAGCUGGAGUCUUCGAAUCUCCAGAAGUUUUACUUCGAGAAUAAGCUCGAGAACGCGACGAAAGAUACGACGAAUAUGAAGUUUAGGAAUCCGAAGUAUUUGUCUAUAUUGAAUCAUCUGAGGUUUUAUUUGCCGGAGAUGUAUCCGAAGCUGCAUAGGAUACUGUUCUUGGACGACGAUGUGGUUGUGCAGAAGGAUUUAACGGGGCUUUGGGAGAUUGAUAUGGACGGGAAAGUGAAUGGAGCUGUGGAGACUUGUUUCGGUUCGUUUCAUCGGUAUGCUCAGUACAUGAACUUCUCGCAUCCGUUGAUUAAAGAGAAGUUUAACCCGAAAGCUUGCGCUUGGGCUUAUGGGAUGAACUUCUUUGAUCUUGAUGCUUGGAGAAGAGAGAAAUGCACAGAAGAGUAUCAUUACUGGCAAAAUCUGAACGAGAACAGGGCGCUAUGGAAGCUAGGAACGUUGCCUCCGGGACUGAUCACGUUUUACUCGACGACGAAGCCGCUGGACAAAUCGUGGCAUGUGCUUGGUUUGGGUUACAAUCCGAGCAUUGGUAUGGACGAGAUCCGAAACGCUGCGGUGGUACACUUUAACGGUAACAUGAAGCCGUGGCUGGACAUUGCUAUGAACCAGUUUAGACCGCUUUGGACUAAGCACGUCGACUACGAUCUUGAGUUUGUUCAGGCUUGCAAUUUCGGCCUUUGA